AUGGCAGCAGCAGCGGCCCUAGGCCCGCCCGCCUCCCCCUUCUCCACCCUCCUCCGCUCCUCCCGCUUCGCCUCCUACGACCCGUACAUCCGACAAACAUACUCAUCCCCCCUACCAGCCUACUCCUCCCGAGGAAACUGGGGUCUCAAACGGCCCAUCUCCCUGCGUCGUCGGAAUGCGUUUAUAACGCUGAAGAACUACGAAGAGCAUGCGCAGUUUGUUGAGUGGAGUCAUGCGGAGAGUCAGGUUAGGUUUGUGAGGCGGGUUGAGGCGAUGAAUAUUUUGCCGAAGGUUGUUACGGGGACUGCGUGGGCGAAGGGGCUUGGGUGGGGGGAGGAGGGGGUUUGGAGUGUUGAUUCGGAGUUUGGGGAGGCGCAGUGGGAGAGCGACCGGGAGAGGGAGGCGAAUUUGGAAGGACCGCCAAAAAAAGUCGAGGCAAAGGAAGCAAAGCCGGAACAAGAUGUGGACUUUAGAACGCUAGGGCAAAAAGGACCUGGCUCGUACUCGCCCAAACGACUCUACUCGACCAACGUGCAAGAGUUGAUCCCGAAUAUAGAAGCCAUGAGUCCUCGGGAGUUUGAAAAGUUUCUGACAAAGCUGAGGGGAUCUAGGGAGGAGUUCGGGGAGCAUUUGAGGGGAGUUAUGAGGAGGCGUAACGGGGGUGAGAAUGCGGGGGACGGGGAGAAGAGCAUGUUUGAGCUCGCGCUUCAGAAUGCUGAAGAGACGGAUUAUCAUAUGGCGUUUAUUGGGGUACGGACCGCGGGGGAGUAUCACCGGACCUUGAAGGACGAUUUGAAGGCUGUCAAGGAGGCGCAGUCUUCUACGGACUAUUCUACUCGUCUCAAGCACUACCCCAUCGACGCCACCACCACUAAGAAGAACGGCGGGGGAUGGCACCCCAAAAUCAAACCACAACCCCACCGCACGGGCGGGCUCCUCUACUCCCACCCCACACUGCUCGAAACGUAUUUUACGACGAAGCCGCAGUCGGGUAUCGUCCUCCAGGAGCAAUUUGUCGAUUCAGGACGGUACAGUCUAAAACUCGGAGAGGUGGACGGCGCGAAAAAGACGUUUAUCGCUUCGUUUGGUGGGUUGUUGGCGGACAUGGCUGCUAAAGAGUCCGGGAACACGCCUCCCCUCGUGUCCAGCGUUAACUCUCCGAAGGGAGGGACGGUGGGUGAGGUGGAGAGGAGCGUGGCGCAGAUGAGGAUAAAGGCGUUGGAUGUUGAGAAGCCCCCGAAUGUGGUUGGGAGGAGGGGACAGGGGCUCAAGGCUGUGGGUCUGAGAGCGAGUGUGAUGGUGGAUGUGCCGCAUGCGGAGAGGGCGCAGGAGAAUGCGUUUUGGCCCGGGAGUUGGGAGUAUGUGAGGGCUGAAAGGGUGGAGACGAAGCCGAUGAGGUUGGCUAAUCUUACUUCCCCGAGGACGUAUGGGACGGGGAAACCGAUGUAUCAGGUGAAGCAGCCGACGGAGGAAGAGAAGAAAAAGAAGAACGCGAAUAUCCUUGGCGUUUUGAGAAAGUCGGUGGAGAAGGCUAACAAAAACGGUAAGGAUGAAGCGGGGCCGGAGGAUCUUUAA